UGCCAACUCAAAAAUAGAUGGAUAAGUUUUGGGAGUGGUUGUGUGUGAUGAGACCAAAAGCAUGAUCAAAUCUUCAGACUUGGAACCUUAAAUUCUCUCUCAUGUAAACCCGCACUGAGUUACACAUCAUUAGAUCAUGCGUGCCACUCCUCUUUAACUCUCUUUCUCUCUCUUUCCGUGUCACCCUGUUUCAGGUUAAUUUGCAAUGACUGAACCUUCCAAGGUCAUUCACGUUCGAAAUGUGGGGCACGAGAUAUCUGAAAAUGAUUUACUUCAGCUGUUUCAGCCUUUUGGAGUCAUAACAAAGCUAGUUAUGCUGCGUGCAAAAAAUCAGGCCCUUGUUCAAAUGCAAGAUGUUCCUUCUGCAGUUAAUGCUUUACAGUUUUAUGCAAAUAUUCAGCCAAGCAUUAGGGGAAGGAAUGUUUAUGUUCAGUUUUCCUCACAUCAGGAACUAACAACAAUGGAUCAAAGUCAGGGACGAGGAGAAGAGCCAAACCGAAUUCUCUUAGUUACGAUUCAUCACAUGCUGUAUCCUAUAACAGUGGAUGUUCUGUAUCAAGUAUUUUCUCCCCAUGGAUCUGUGGAAAAGAUUGUAACAUUUCAGAAGUCAGCUGGCUUUCAGGCUCUCAUCCAGUAUCAAUCACAUCAAAGUGCUGUUAUGGCAAGAAGUACACUUCAGGGACGCAAUAUUUAUGAUGGUUGCUGUCAGCUGGACAUUCAGUUCUCAAAUCUUGAUGAAUUACAAGUGAACUACAAUAAUGACCGAUCAAGGGACUUCACAAACCCAAAUCUCCCUACAGAGCAGAAAGGCAGGCCUUCACAACCUGGAUAUGGUGAUGGAGGAAACAUGUAUGCUGCUCAAGGUUCUGGAGCCAGGACAGCCGGAUUUCCGCAGAUGGGAAAUUCUGCAGCCAUUGCAGCUGCCUUUGGGGGAGGUUUGCCUCCUGGAAUAACUGGGACAAAUGACAGGUGUACAAUUCUUGUAUCAAAUCUGAAUCCUGAUAGAAUUGACGAGGAAAAACUAUUCAACUUGUUCUCUAUUUAUGGGAAUAUUGUGAGAAUUAAACUUCUGCGAAAUAAACCAGAUCAUGCACUUAUCCAGAUGGGAGAUGGCUUUCAAGCUGAAUUAGCUGUACACUUUCUGAAGGGAGCAAUGUUGUUCGAGAAGCGAUUAGAGGUGAACUUCUCCAAGCAUCCAAACAUAACCCAAGGUGCUGACACACAUGAAUACGUUAACUCAAAUCUCAACCGUUUCAACCGUAACGCAGCUAAGAAUUACCGGUAUUGCUGCUCCCCAACAAAGAUGAUCCAUUUGUCAACACUCCCACAAGACAUCACUGAAGAGGAGAUUGUGAGCCUAGUAGAGGAGCAUGGAACAAUUACUAACAGCAAAGUGUUUGAGAUGAAUGGGAAAAAACAGGCUCUGGUUCAGUUUGAGAAUGAGGAGCAGGCUACUGAAGCCCUUGUGUGCAAGCAUGCCAGCACACUUUCUGGCUCAGUAAUUCGUAUCUCCUUUUCACAGUUGCAGAAUAUAUGAGACUUUGGUAAGAACUAAUGGUCAACAACCGGAACAAGGGUUGUUGAGCACAGUAGGGACAAGGAUUCUGAAUUUGGGAAGGAUAUUUUUUUAUGCAGAUGAUAUCAUGAUAGUCAUCUUCAGUAUCUUGUAAUGGUCUAACUUAUUGCUGAUAAUAUCUACUCUUUCAUUUUUCACCUUUAAUCAGUUACUUCUCAUCUCCAUUGCUCUGCUAGUUAUUUAGGUUGCUAACAUAAUGUGGUGGGGAGGUGUAGAUUUUGUGAUUGCUGAUAGGUUGAGUCUUGAGGAAUAGAAAGGAGGGGAAAUCACUACUACCUUAUUGCCUUUUUUCUAUAAAUAAUUGUUGUAUAUGUUCUGUAAUUCAAGCUAAGUAGGCAUUUCGGUUGUAUUCUCAAUCCAUAUCAAAAUUUUCUAGUCCAAUUGAAUAAGAAGAAAUGUUAUGUUUGGUUUGGAUGUAUC